AAUUCAUUCAUCGUACAAGGAAAUCUUCGGAUUUGAGCCUCCUCAUUCCUAAAUUUCUGUGUUGCACUGCGAGUGAGGUCAAUGGACGAACCCGUCCCGCAACAGCAAUCCGCUGGUGUUUCUGGGAACUCUGGGAGACCCAGGCUUCAAAAGUAUGCGCUGCGUUCGGUGUCUAAAGCUAAGGAGCAGAAGCCUGAUGCUUCCGAUUUGUCCAGUUCUUCUUCUUCAAAGAGGGUAAGACCUGCUGCUUCAAGUGUAAGUAAAAGCGUGGGAGUUCUUGAUCUCUCUGGCAAGGAUAAGUCUGCGGCUGCUAAACCCCCAAGGAGGUUCUCUAUUCCUGCCAAAGCUGCUCCCACUCCAGGACCAAAGCUGUCUAGCACUAUUACACCGAUCUCGGAGACCAGAACAAGGAGGCCUGCUAAUGGUCAAGGCAGAAGCGAAACACCCAUUUCUGACAUUUCCAGAUCUUCAAGUCGAACGAAGUUCAACAUGCUGUCUAAAUCUUCAUAUUGGUUAUCCCAGAUCAAGGUCUCAGAAUCUUCUGCGAAGCACUCAAUUUCACUUGGCUUCUUCAAACUAGCGUUGGAGGCAGGAUGCGAGCCUUUCAAGAAGAUGCGAGAUGAGUUAAAGUCAUAUGUGCGCCGACAUAAUCUUGCUGAUCUUGGAGAACCUGUGAAAGAAUUGUUCGAAAGCUAUAAUAUUACUGAUACUGAAGAUAAGACACAACAGUCGCAGAUAUCUGAAACUAUUUCGCAGGUGCCAGAAGAGGGGACCCGAUCCUCUGAUGAAGAUGUGCGCAGCUCUUCUUCUACCGUGGGUACUGGGAAACUCAAACCAAAGUGUUUAAACAUUGAUUCUACUCAAAUUUCUUCUCCUGCGAAAGAGUCAGUCAAGAAAGUGACUGGACAGAAGAAUAAUGGCGGAUCCAGGGCGAGAGUAGAUGCCAGCAAGAAUUCUUCAAAUUCAAGAUCAGCUUUAGAAACCGGCAGUCGCAGGUCAUUGAAAAAAUCGGAGAAGCCAAGCAAGCAAGAAGCUGGCAAAGAAAAAGGCAAGGUCAUGGAGAAAGGAAAGAAAAGUGAAGUUGAGCAGACUACUGUUAGCCCUUCACCUCCUGAAGUGACAAUCAUGGGAGACAAAGAAAACAUGGAUGCUUCUCUAACUGAAGAGAGGGUUUAAGAAGCUCGCGGUUGAACCUUUUAAUUAUUCCGUUUUCGAACCCCGUUUGUUCUCGUGUUGUAUAGGCCUGGUGAUUUGGUGAAGAUUGUUUCUUGUGGUCUGGCGUCAGAAGACUGUUUUUAAUCGUGUUUGGUCGUUGGACAUCGUCUGUGUUUGUUGUCUAUAAUACACAUGCUCACAAUUUAAAGCCGUAUCCAAUCUCGAAAGUGUUGUUUUGCUUAUCUUUACUUUUUACUCACAGCAUCUUUUAAGGGGAACACCCCCUCCCCCAAAGAGAGAGAGAGAGAGAGAAGAAACCCUCCUUUCACCAA